AUGGAGAGAUUCAAAAAUUUCAACAUUCCAAAUGCAAAACUCUCAAAAGACGAGUUGGAAAAGAGACAAAAGUUUUGUCAAGAAGAAAUAAGUCGUCUGAUGGGUGAAGAAUGUCCAAAGACAACAGAUUGGGUAUAUGUGGUCUAUUUGAAGAUAAACGACGAUUAUAACAAUUGGAGGAAUAAGCUCGAAGAACUAAUAGCACGUCCUGAACAAGAAAAACGUAAUACCGUGUUCGCAACGUAUAAGCUGUGGUUGGAAAAUUAUUCAAAAAGUAAGGCAUUGCCUGAAAGCGUAAAGGAAUUGCUGGAAAUUGAAGAGCAAGUCAAGCUGCAUGUCAAAACCAAAGAUCAAAAUGAGAAAACUAGAAGACGUUCUAGCCGUAUUGCUGCUCAAAACGUGUCUACACUCUCAGAACAAGCCGGUUCCACUUCAGCUUCAGCUCAUCAGGAAGAUCAAAAUAAGAAAACUAGAAGACGUUCUAGCCGUAUUGCUGCUCAAAACGUGUCUACACUCUCAGAGCAAGCCGGUUCCACUUCAGCUUCAGCUCAUCAGGAAGUCGACCAAUCUUUGGAACACUCACAAGGAUCAUCAUCUGGAACUUCAAGCGUUCAGAAGAAACGGGGACUUCCGAAAGGAGAAGAUGCUAAGGACGGAGCUGUUCAACGUAAACAAAAAAAAUAA